CCUCAGCCUCCUAAAGUGCUAGGAUGACAGGCAUGAGCCAUGCGCCUGGCCCCUAGGUUUUUCUCUUUUUAACUUAACAGUAUAUCUUGGGUAAUUGUUCCGUGUCAGUAUAGACAUGUCAGUGGAGCCUCCUCUGAUAUAGUCAGUUGAAAAAGUCCCAGGGUGGUGGUGAGGGGAAUGCUAAUGAUGAAGGGGUUAAGCCUCUAGGGAAGGGAAGAGGUGCCCAUGUGUGGGCUUUUGGGAGUCCAGGAAACUUCCAAAUUGCAUGUGGAAAAUUGUGGGCACAGACGGAAUUUUCUGGGAGAGGGACUGUGGUUCUAAGAGGUCUGUGGUCCAUAAAAGGGGAAGAGCCACAGUUCUGGGGUUCACGAGAUUUCUGUAUGGCAGGAGGCAGGGGCCUAACUCCGCAGAGGGCAGAGCCCCUGGGUUUGGGGCAGCCACAGAGGAGGCUGAGUUGGGGGACAGUGAUGCCCAGCCCUAGUAUCUUCCUGGAAGAUGCCUGGGUUUCUCCCACUCCCAGUGGAGGGUCCCCCCUGUCUGCCAUGAGAGUGGAGUGUGGGGCCUUCCUGGGAUUAGAAAACCCCAGUGGUCAGAGCUGCGAGGCCCUCCAGUCACUGGAUCUACAGAAUAACCGAGGCACCAGAGGCUGAGGGUGAGUCCAAGGUCGCCCAGCCAGGGAAAGGCAGAGGCUGUGGGCUGUUCCUGCCUGUGACAUGCAGUUCCGUGCUCCUUCCCUGCCAGAGCGGAAUGAGAGAGGAAAGGGCCCCGGGGGGAGGGGGAGCGCGGCUGGGGAAGUGGGGGUGCUCAGAACAGAGGCCGCAGCCGGGGUGGGCGUGCCGUCAUCACACCUCACUGCAUCCUGCAACAUCACCUCCCGCUGGCUGCGUCCUCACCCGAGUCCGCAGCCACAGCCCAGGAAUUCCGAACACAGCCGCGCCGGGCUCGGUGGCUGCGCUGCGGCACGUGGCCGCUAGAGGGCAGCAGGGAAGCCACUGGGGUGACUCCGCUCGGAAAAAGUCCCCCACUGGGAGACUGGGCGGUGGGCAGAGUCGGACCCUGUGGGCCGCAGUGGGGUUUGUUCUGAGGUACUUCCUGGAGACAAAAAAAAAAAAAAAAAAAGCAGACAUUGAAUGAUGACAUUAACUGACAUUUAUUGAGUGCUUACCCUGUGCCGGGGCACUGUAUUAGCUGUAAGUAAUUAGUCCCCCUAACAGCUUGUUCUAAUUGUCCCCAUUUUGCAGAUGAGAAAACAGGGGCCCAGAAAGAUUAAGAAAUCUAGCCAAGGUCCCACGGCCACUAAGUGGUUGAACUGGGAGCAGCGGGGCUGGUGCUGGAGCUGUGUCACAUCUAUAUGCCUCGCGUUGACUAAAUGCUCUAAGUCCUUCAGUUCUUACCACCUCGUCUAUGGUUACAUGCAUGUUAUGGAUGGAGAAACCGAGGCUCAGGGACAGCUGUGAAUCGCGCAGGUCCGCACAUCUGCGGGGUGACAGAGCCAUGGGCGUGGGACUGUAGGUCCCCAGCACAGAGUCGUCCCCACUCCCACCCCUGCCCUGAUCUGAGGCUGGCUGUCAGUGAACGCUGAGCUUUCUGCCGGGAGUGGGAGUCCACCAAGUCCCCUGCCUUCCAGCACAAAUGCUGCAUUCUGGGCUCCCGUGUCCAAGGUUUGCUUGGGUUUUGACUAACCAGAGGUGCAGGGAGGCCAUGCCAGAGGCUGCUAGAAGCCAGGGAGGGGCCCUGGGGGCCACAGUCAGGCUUGGAGGAGGAGGACUUUGAGAAGUCUUUUGUAGUGGCCAAGGCUCCCUUGGGAACAACAGGACCUGGCCCCGAGGCCUCUGGUUUCCAGGGCAGAUGCCUCCAGCAUACCAAGGAAGCUUGGCCAGCCCUGGGCCCGGCUCUGCCAGGCUGGCAGGAGAGAAGGGGCAUUUCCAGAAGGGCCUGACUUCCCCCAUCUUCCCAUUCCCAUGCCCUGGCUUUGCCCUCCCCGGGGGCCCGGGGGGGAGGGGGCGGCCUGUGGCUGGACCUUCAAACGGGUUUCCCUUCUGGGUACCUGGGCUGUAGCCUGUGAAGCUGCGUCUCACCAUCUUAGGGAUCUAAAAAACCUCGAGCUGCUCCACUUACUUCUGAUUUAUUAGCAAAGCAGCAGCUUAAGUUUCUCUGAGUGGGGGUGGGGAGGAGUUGGGGGAAGAAACUUAAUGGUUCCCUCCCUGGCAAGAAGGCAAGAUGUCAAGAUGCUCCUCUUUAAAGAAAACCCUGGGGUGAAUUCCGUUUUUGGAACUGGAAUCCUAGAAUUAAGUGAAGACUCUUUAAAGGUUCUAUUUGCAGUCUUGGUGGGGGCCAAAGGGGUAGAAUAUGAAUGGAAACAGGGAGUGGGUCAGGGAAGAGGAUUUGAACAUGGACUUCAUAGCACAUUGCCUGGGCUGGAAUCCUGCCUCUACUCCUUACUAGGGGUGUGAGCUUGGAGAAGUUAUCUGACCUUGAGGAGCCUCAGCAUCCUCAUCUGUAAAGUGGGGUUAUGACAGUGUCAACCUCACAGAGUUGGCACGAGAGCAGGAGGAGCUAAUGGCUGUGAGGGGAGUGUACGCCUGGGAGAAACACCGUGAAUGCCCAGGAAGUUCUCGCCUUCCCUCAUGCUAUGUAACCACAGUGCCCAGAACAGUGCUUGGUACAUGCUGGGUAUCUGAUAGACGUCUGAAUAAGUACAAAGGAAGUGCCUCCAAAUGGAGUGGCAUUGCUGCCAAAGAACGACUCCUAAGUAACCUGCAGAUAUUACCUGGCACGAGUAUUGAUGGCAUUCCCUGUCUGUUUCUUUAAAGGCAUUCCCAUUUGUCUUGAGGCACUUGGGCAAGCAGGCCUGCAAUUUCCGGGGGAAGUCAGGUUUAAAGCAGAGAGGUCUUCUCCCUGGGUCCCUGGGCCAGCCCCUGGGAUGGAGGCCAGCGUCCUCUGAUGCCAUGGGGUAAGGCUGGGUGGGUUGGGGUGUGGUCAGGGGUGUGGUUUUCUGAUCACAUCGAGAAGUUCCUGAGAAUCCAGACUGUGCUCCUUUCCCUAUUUACUGCUACUCGGUGAUCUGUUACUGAUUCCUGUAGAUAAUGAGUGGAAUUUCCUAUUUGAAACAGGACUCGAUUUCUCUCUCUGAGCAAUGGGAGUGAGGACCCUGACCUCCUAGAAGGGGUUGUCGGGAAUAACAUGGUGCUAGAAGUUGGGCGCGUAAGCCAGGCAGCACUGCAGUUUUGAGAAACGAGGACCCACUCACCCGCCCCUAAAGGACUCACGCCAAACAGCAGGGUGUGGGAGAGUGUUAACAAAGCGCAUGAGGUCACCCAUCAGCCGGGAGCCAAGAGAUCAACAGGAGCAGACAGCAAAGGGAGAGGACAUGCUCCAAGUCUCAGAGCUGUCUGCCCGCCCCUUCUCAUGCUUGGUCCCUCUCUUGCCAAGGCACAAGUGGGCUGGGGACAGGAAUCGGACGCAAGUUGAAGGCCAAGUACGUUUAAGCUGGAGGAACAGACAGUCAAAUGUCCUUAGAGGAAAGAGCCUGGGCUCUGGGGAACCUGCCAGACUUGGUUGAGCCAGGUCAGUUACUCCUCCCCUGUGCCUCAGCCUUCUCACCUGUGAAAUGAGCUGACACGGCUUCCACGUGAAGUUCUUGUGAGGGGUAAAUGAGCUGGUGCAGGUGAAGGGAAGUGCUCAAUAGAUGCUCGCUGAAAUAAUGCUGCCAUCUUGGUGUUUGUACUCCAGCGUGUGUGGAGCGCCAAGGUCAGGAAUGCUCCCUGGUCCACUUUUGCUUUGAGUUUCAGGUAGCUGGUCUCCUCCCUCCCGCGUGGCUGGAAGAAGGAUUCCCCUGCCCAGCUGUCCCCUCGGAGCUGCCCUUUCGACCUGGAGGUCUGGGUCUGCUGGUAACAGGCUGGAACUGCCGGCUAGACCUGGAGACGCUGGCAGCUUCGGACUCCCCAGCUUGGAGCAGCCCCUCUUUGGUUAGUUCACUCUGUGUCAGUGGGGGUCUUCUGGCUCCGUGGCCUGGACACUUGCCCCCAGUGACCAGGAGCAAACCCUGGGUCCUGGGAAGGGAGGCUUCUGGAUCCUUGUCUCUUCUCCAGAGACUCUUAUAGACUCCAGGAGCCCCAGAAAUCCACAUCUAGAGCAAGCUGGUCACCCACAUCCACAAGUUGGAGGGGACUUGACACGCUUGUCCACCUUUCCUGCCCUGCGGGCAGCUCACCGACUCACGGAGUGCAGAGGUCCUUCCUGCACGUGGGCUUGGCAACAGAAGGAGGCAUCUGACAUGGACUCUUCUUCCCCCUAGGGUUGGGCAGAGGACAGAGGAAAGACCUCGAGCCGUGGAGAAGCAGCCCCAUGAAGGUGCCCAGCCAUGCAAUGUUCCUGGAAGGCCGUCCUCCUCCUUGCCCUGGCCUCCAUCGCAAUCCAGUACACCGCCAUCCGCACCUUCACCGCCAAGUCCUUCCACACCUGCCCGGGGCUGGCCGAGGCCGGGCUGGCCGAGCGCCUGUGCGAGGAGGGCCCCACCUUCACCUACAACCUGUCCCGCAAGACCCACAUCCUCAUCCUGGCCACCACGCGCAGCGGCUCCUCCUUCGUGGGCCAGCUCUUCAACCAGCACCUGGACGUCUUCUACCUGUUUGAGCCCCUCUACCACGUCCAGAACACGCUCAUCCCCCGCUUCACCCAGGGCAAGAGCCCGGCCGACCGGCGGGUCAUGCUGGGUGCCAGCCGCGACCUCCUGCGGAGCCUGUAUGACUGUGACCUCUACUUCCUGGAGAACUACAUCAAGCCGCCGCCGGUCAACCACACCACCGACAGGAUCUUCCGCCGCGGGGCCAGCAGGGUCCUCUGCUCGCGCCCUGUGUGCGACCCUCCGGGGUCCACCGACCUGGUCCUGGAGGAGGGGGACUGCGUGCGCAAGUGCGGCCUGCUGAACCUGACCGUUGCGGCUGAGGCCUGUCGCGAGCGCAGCCACGUGGCCAUCAAGACGGUGCGGGUGCCCGAGGUUAACGACUUGCGGGCUCUGGUCGAAGACCCCCGGUUAAACCUCAAGGUCAUCCAGCUGGUCCGAGACCCUCGUGGCAUUCUGGCUUCGCGCAGCGAGACCUUCCGCGACACGUACCGGCUCUGGCGGCUCUGGUACGGCACCGGGAGGAAGCCCUACAACCUGGAUGUGACGCAGCUGACCACGGUGUGCGAGGACUUCUCCAACUCCGUGUCCACCGGCCUCAUGCGGCCCCCGUGGCUCAAGGGCAAGUACAUGUUGGUGCGCUACGAGGACCUGGCGCGGAACCCCAUGAAGAAGACCGAGGAGAUCUACGGGUUCCUGGGGAUCCCCUUGGACAGCCACGUGGCCCGCUGGAUCCAGAACAACACGCGGGGCGACCCCACCCUGGGCAAGCACAAGUACGGCACCGUGCGAAACUCGGCCGCCACGGCCGAGAAGUGGCGCUUCCGCCUCUCCUACGACAUUGUGGCCUUUGCGCAGAACGCCUGUCAGCAGGUGCUGGCCCAGCUGGGCUACAAGAUGGCCAGCUCGGAGGAGGAGCUGAAGAACCCCUCGGUCAGCCUGGUGGAGGAGCGGGACUUCCGCCCCUUCUCGUGACCGUGACGCGGCGCCGUGGGCGGGGUGGGAGGCGCUUGUGUCGGUUUUGAUAAAAUGGACCGUUUUUAACUGUUGCCUUAUUUCCCCGCCCUCUCCCACCAGGUCUUUGUGUCCUUCCCGCGCCCUGCCCACCCCGCUCCCUCCUGCCUCUUUUUGUCUCUGGAAUUUGCACUACGUCUCGGACGGGAAUCACUGGGGCAGAGGGCGCGGGAAGUGGGCUACGGCCCCCACCCCACCCCAUUCAGACACACGGAUGCUGGGUCGCUGCGUGGACGGUGACAAUGUUUACAAGCACCACACUCACACAUUCACACACACACGGCACCCAGGAGGAGAGGCACCCAAGCCACACAGCUUCUCCAGAUUUCUGAAUGGAUUAGUGGUGGGGGUAUUGUAGUUUUUGCACUGUCUUAUACAAGGUAAGAAGAUCCAAACAAAAGGACCACUUCCCUCUAAUUUAUGAAUGGUGUCCACCCCCUCCGCGUCCCUGCUUCCUGCCCCCAUGCCCACGUCCCCCACUUAGAGCAGAGAAACUGCCCCCUCCUGCCCAUCCUUGCCUGUCGGUGAGCAGGUUUUUACUGUGAGGUGAAUGUGGACCUUGUUUAUUUUUUCCAGUCUGUGGCGAUGCUGUCUGUCUGUCUGAGUCUUGUGGCUGCCCCCGGACCAGUGAUGACUGAUGAAUCUUAUGAGUUUCUGAUUGAUCUUGGGGUCCAUCUGUGAUAUUUCUUUGUGCCAAAAAGAAAAAAAAAUAGAGUGGAUCCGUUUGCUAAAUGAACAUUGAAAUGCUUUAUCUGUGUUUUCUGUAAAUAAAAGAGUGCAAUAA